AUGUCCGAUAAAGGAUAUCGUCAAGACCUUCCUCCCGAAGGGGGAUACCGGAAGUUCAAUUGGGAAAGAACAUAUGCCCGGAAAUUACUUCGACGUGAGUUUUUCGGAGAAUUAUGUUUUAAUUUGACGAGUUCAUUGUUUAACAAUAUCUUAUUGCUCCAGCCGUCUAUACCAUACCUGUUGCUGUUGUUCUUUCUGGAUAUGGCGCUUAUCAUGCAUGGGCCUUCAAGAAACAACGACAGUAAGUGGUCUUUCAGAUUAAUCAAUUGCUUUUAGUACUCGAAAGUUUGAAGACUCAGACGUUAUGAAUGCCCUGCAGCCCUUCCUGACUGCCGAAAGAGAUCGCAAGUAAGUUCACUGUGUUUUAACACACGCGAUUUUGAAUAAUUUAAUGAAAUGUAUUUUAGUUAAUAAGAGGAAUUUUAGAUGGCUUCGAGCGUUGAAAAAGAACUUUGAAUUAGAAGAAGAGAUCAUGAAAGACGUCCCUGGCUGGCAAACAGGCACCUGGUAUGGCGAACCUGUAUAUUUCACACUGGGCGACAAGUGGUGGGAUCCCGACCACGACGUGAGUGCUGUAUCAAGUCUUAUAGUUACAAAUAUAGGAAUUCUUUGCUCACACCUGGGACAAGAGAAAGUGGGAUGAGUUGUUAUGGCGUCACCACAGCGACUAUUCCGCCCCUAAGUUCUACGACAAAUGGAUCCCCGAAUUCUUGAAGCCGUAUCUCUGGUAA